GUCAAGUUUACUGCUUGAGGAGGCAGCAUUUCUGGCAUCAAGCCCAGUGACAUUAUUUGAAGUCGAUGUUAAUCAUUGCUACAGAAGGAGUAAUUUUCACUAUUCCUAAAAAAGAUUACUUUUCUUAAUAAAAAGCAGGAGCACGUGGUCCAACGGCGCCAUGUUACUCCCCGUGACUACAGUGACAGCUCUAUGCAUGCUCUUCGAGCUUUCAAACUCCACCAACAUGGAGAAGGAGCAAGAAGAAAUGUUUGAAGCAAGAUCAGAUGACGACUGGCUGCAUGCGUGGCAUCAAGAACGUCAUGCGAGAUGCCAAGAGGCACUACUGCGCCAUCUGUAUUGGGCAUGCGAGAAGGACAUCUACCGGCUGUCGCGGAGAAAUGACUUCCAAGAUCAACAGCACGAUUUGCUUCUUGACAAAAAUGAUCCAAAGUACCCGUUCCUCAGUGUGGUGGAGGCCCGCGUGUUCCUGAGGGACCGCAGGCUGCAGCGACGGCGUGGACCAAGCCCCUCGAUUACGGAGGAGUGCUGCCUCAACAGGGCGGGCUGCACCUGGGAAGAAUACGCGGAAUAUUGUCCCGCGAACAAGCGACUUCGGAAGUUCGUGUAGGCUACUGCUGUUCUGUUUCUCCUUGCUGUACAGCUUGCGCCAAAAUAUUACCGUUACCCAGUGAAAUCAGUCCAUGCGGAGUCCGGGCUGCCUUUGGAGAUCAUAGUCCAAAGCAUCCAUUUUCCUCUCAGUAUAACUACGUGAUGGCUUUGGUUGACAUUUUGUUUGUAUGCCUUUUCAUGUUCUGUACCCUAGAAACCUGCUCUACAAGUAAUUACCUCCAGCCUUCUAGGUCUGACACAUCACCAUUCCUUUUAAUCGUUUAUUAACACGUCUGAAUUAAUUUGUACGCGAAGUUGAAGUGUAGGCUCUA